AUGACUCUUUUUAGCUGUCCCGGUACACCAUUACUGGCCGGCAUCUUUCUCCUCCUCACAGCGGCCUACAUCUUCAUAACCGCGCUCUCCUCACCACUCCGGCACAUCCCCGGACCCUGGUACACCCACAUCACCCACCUCAUCUUGAAGUAUCACGUAGUAAUCGGCAAUCGCAUCCACUACAUCCACGCACUUCACAACCACUACGGUCCCAUAGUCCGCAUCUCUCCCCAAGAAGUAGCAAUAAGCGACCCAGACUCCGUCUCAGCAAUCCACAAAAUCGGCGCCGGAUUCCUCAAGUCAGACUGGUACGAUGGCAUUACCCCGGGCAGAGAAUCUGGUAUCUUUGCUAUGAGGGAUCCGCACCUCCAUUCUGCGCGCAGACGGCUUUUUGCGAGGGCUUUUAGUGUGAGUUCAUUAUUGGCGAAUUGGGAGCCUGAGAUCAGAGAGAAGACUGGAUUAGCGGUGCAGAAGAUUAAGCGAGAUGCGAUAGGUGGUGGUGCGGAUGUGUUUAAAUGGUGGACUCUUAUGACUACGGAUGUUAUUGCUCAUUUAUCAUUCGGAGAGUCGUUCCAUAUGCUGGAACAAGGAAAGCAAACACCUUACAUUGACUCUAUCCAACUUGCCCUGAUAAACAGCGGUAUCAGAAGCGAGCUGUCAUGGAUUUACCCAUUCCUCAAAUUCAUCCCCUCGAAAGGACUAAAGAAGCUCUUGAACGCCGAUAACGUCGUAUACGAUCAUGGCGCAGUAGCCGUCCGAAACAUGCAAACUGCCAUGAGCAGAGCUAAUUUGUUCAGCCAGAUGGCAGCCGAAGCUGACGGCCAGGAGAAGACAACUCUCACUUCAUCAAGCGUUCAAUGUGAGGCGGGAAAUCUCAUUGUCGCAGGAUCUGAUACUACUGCUGUCACUCUCACCUACCUCGUAUGGGCAGUCUUAAAGCAUCCCGAGCUGCAGGCGCAGUUAGAACAGGAGGUUGCAGGCCUUAGUGAUGAGCUCGGUUUCGAAGAGCUUAAGAAUGCGCCUAUUUUGAACAGUGUUAUUGAGGAGACGCUGCGAUUAUACGGUGCUGCACCAGGCUCUCUUCCUCGCGUGGUUCCUAGCAAGGGCGCUACUCUUAGUGGUCACUAUCUUCCGGUAGGUACUGUUGUGAGCACACAAGCAUACACAACUCACCGGGACGAAACUCUCUUUCCUGACGCGACAAGAUUCGACGGCUAUCGAUUUAUGGACAAGUCCAAGAUAACACCUGCACAAAAAGCGGCAAUGUCUCCGUUCGGCGCUGGCUCGAGAAUUUGUAUUGGGAUGCACUUGGCUUGGAUGGAGUUGAGACUUGGCGCUGCUUUGUUCUUUCGGGAGUGUCGGGGUGUGAGACUUGGUGCGGAAAUGACUGAUGACAUGAUGGAGAUGGAGAAUCACUUUCUGAUUGCGCCUAAGGCUCAUCGAUGUAUGGUUAAGCUGCAGGCGGCCUGA